UUUUUCUUAAUAGCAGAUUAGGAUUCGACCACCCCCGGUUUACACGCGAAGCCGAAAUCAGAGGCCUCAUUGUUCUUUCCUCCUCUUCGGAUCAUUCAGAUUCCCAGCCAUAACUGAGCAAGAUUUUGCUGCAAUUUCACCGAACAAUUUCCAAAUCGAGCUGCAUAGAUGGCAAACCAAGGAGCAAAGAAGCGCAAGGAAGAGAACGCUCGUCAUAUGGCGAAUCUCCGUCGUCUCAUCAUAGCCUGUAACGUUAUCUAUAUCUUGGUUCGAAUGCUGAUUUUUCAUUCAAGUUUCACUUGGAAACACUGGGUUGGUCUGAUUGUCACAUCCGCAGCUUAUUUUAUUCCUUACAACCAACUUGCCAAAAUGGCAGACCCAACAUAUGGUGAUGACGGUGAACUUCUAGAUGGUGGGUUUGAUAUGAGGACUGGUGGAAUUUGUGGGUAUGUCCUCUGUCUUCUUAAUGUAUGUCAUUACAUGUCAGUUUCAUGCAUGUUUUUGUCUUCUUGAUAUAGAGUAUAAUUGUUGAAUACAGACCUAAUUGUUCUGUAACCCAAGUUUAAAUGAACCGUAGCUCUGAAACUUGCUAAGACUUGGUAUGAUAUUGUUCACUGUGGAUCAAAUUUCUUUUGGAAGAUGAAGCUAUGUUUUUCUGGUUGUCAUCCCAAAAUUCAGUAUUAAAUGCUUGAAAUGGAAGUGAUUAGUGAUUUGAUAAUCGGAUUCAUUGAUUCACCGAGGAUAAC